AAUCCAUUUAGGAGUGAUGAAGACAAGCUAAUCUUUUUCAGUGGUCUUCAUGAGGUAAUUGCUCAGGACAUCACACCAGAGAGUUUCAGGUUGAUGCCAGUGGAGUGGGGCUUGGACAGAUAUCUGACAAUUGAAUCUAUUCACAUUGGUCAAUGUGCAGCCAAAGAUGUGGACAUUUUGUUAGCAGACUCAAUUUGGUAUUCCCAGGCACAUCUAUGGUGCCAGGCUUUAUCCACGUUG